CUCUCAUGAAUUUGACUGCUGCUCUUGCUGCCUGGCCCCCUUUAUUUCCCUCAGCUGGAGGAGCUGAAAACAUCCACACGCACGCCGACACGGGCAUCAUGACCCUACACAAGGAGACGGUAUAUGCUGUUCAAUGCAGUCAGCAACGUUUUCUUCAAUUUUACGGCAGAAGAAGUUUCACGUGAGGAAUCUUCGAGGAACCGUUUUUGUCCCCCCCGCCCCCCAACUUCAAAGUGAAGUUUCUGUAAAUUCAGGAACAGUGGCAACAUGAGUGUCAAAAGGAAAAAGAGUGGGCUGAUCAUCAGUUGGCAGAAGUCAUUCUCCAUCCUGGCUCCUUGGAGGAAAGGCAAAGGAGCCCGAGACACAGUACUGGACAGUGCAGUUGUGUUGACAAAAAUGAAGCUAUACAGCAACUUCAAUGAGAGGCUUUCAGAGGUGGAAAACUUCCAUUCUGCCCUCCCUGCAGCUUCAGAACAGAAGUUCUCACAGCACUCCAAAGAACCUUUGUCGGUUUCCCACACUGAUGACAAGUCAGGACAGCAUCAAUCGCACACAAAUGCAGACUUCCUGUCAGACAUAUUCUCAGGCUCUCAGCUGACAACGUUCUACAAGUUUGAGUCAGAGGACUCUGGAGUGGAGUUGUCGAGUGGUAACUCUACAUCUACGCCAACGGGCUCUGACCAGAACUUUGCUGUCCACAGUCGUGAGUCAUCCCGUGACUCAUCUAAUUUAAACUCCAACCCACCAACACAGUCUGACGAGAAAAUAAGACAUAGACAGAGCACCGACAUCUCACAGCCCGAAGUUGAGAUCAGCUCUCCAGCCUCUAGAACUGAUCUGGAAAUGGAUCCGUCUAGUGUGUCUCCAAUGAACCCCGGGAGCGAUGAGGAAAUGAUUGAAAAGCUCGAGAAGGAGGAGAACGUCAAGCCCGGGAAACAAUCAUUAUCAGAAACCUAUAAUAACAAGGCAGACGAUGACAUUGAGUCUUUAAAGGGGAGUGGCACUUGCGACGGCUUUGUCAAGUACAUGGACAAAUGCUGCAUACUCAGUGAGACACAGCAAUCAAGCUCCAAUCCUUUGGGGUCAGGACUUGGGUACUUGGAGCACAUCUGCCAACUCAUCGAGAAAAUUGGCCAGCUGCAGGAGAACAACCUUCGUCUUCAGAGGCAGAUCUGUUGCUUGCAGAAGGAUGGCAGGAUGACAAAGACGAAAGAGGACUUCUUCCAACACCAUUGCAGCUGUGGCGCUGCCACUCUGGCCUUUGAAGACAUGGAUGACGUUUUGUCACGUAGCGGAACGCUCGCUGAUCUGUCCACCAUUCCGGAGGUCUCGCGGCACCCACUCCUGUCUUCCAACAGUAUUGCAGAUGUGAGUGGCGACGGUUGGACACCGAUCCCUCUGCGGAAGACACGUCUCAACCGCACGAGUUACCACGAGGGGGAUGCCUUCCUCCGUGAAAGCACCGAAGAGCUUUCCAUCCCUCGUCGGCCGCAGGGUGAUUACGACACAUGGGGCAGAGUCAAGGACCUGGUGAAGAGAACGAAUAUGCGGAACAAGAGCAAACUGGGAUUAAGCACAUCCUCACUGAAGAUGUCAUGUCCUCAACUCUACAGGCCUGAUCUGGGACGAAAGGAACCCGCUGACAGAAGCAGGAACUCCAUGAUUGUCUUGGGGCACCCUAACAAAUUGUACAUCCCUUGGCUACAAUAAACUACGAGGUAGUGCAAACUGUUGACAACUUUAUGUUCCAGUUCCACGCACUUUAAAGGUCUUUAGGUUGAAAGGUCGAAGCAUCAUCAAAAGCAGGGGAUUGUUAAAAUUUUGGUUACUUGCGAGAUAUUUUACCAAGGACCGCCUCAUAAUUGUAACACAAAUGAAACAUAAACAGUGUUGUGCAAUUCUGUCUCAAGGAUCAGCAAACUGCAAGCAUAUUAUGAUACUGACUGAGGAAUAAACACGCAACGACAGGCUUCCUUUGUCAAAGUGGACGAAAAAAAACUAUUUCAACUGUCAACUGGAACACUGUGUCAUGUGAAGACAGUGACCCCAAGUGGACAACAAUCAUAUCCGCACCUCAUAUACACGCAUACAGUACAGUAUUAAUUAUACAAGUAAUGCGCUAUACGUGCGUAACAUUGCAUUUAAACUUGGGACAGCACACUGGAGAACCUGCUUUGGGAGACGUGAGCACCUGAAAUGAGCUUUGUCAUUGCUGAUAUGGCAUGACGCCUUCUUGUGACUGGCUCCAAGUCAGCCCCUGCUUUGAUCAUUCACAAGCUCCAAAAUUGCAUUGCUCAAUAGAUGUUAUCUCGUGAUAGCGUUUGUUCGUAUGUCCAAAAUAUUCACGCACACCCAGUUAGUGGAUCAACUUCAGCAUCUGUUUGUGCGAGCAAUAAAGUUUGCGACCAUUUUUGCACAUGCAACCUUUUAGUACACAGAGAGCAAAGUACUGGGGUCCACAUCCGGCCCGCCACAUCAUUUUAUGUGGUCCGCUAAAACAACUCAUUUUCUACUUCUUAUUUCUUGAUAAAAUCUGUACCAUUAUUGCAAAUUUGAUCCCCUUUUAAUAAUGAGAUACUGCAAGCGUUUUUUUUUUUAAAAUAUUAUUAUUACCAAACACCCUUUUUAAAAAUAGUACUUGAGCAAACUAUUAUAGUGGAUUUUAAAACUAGUUAUCCAUCAAUUUGUUGUGUACAGUGGAUGACCACUAUCCACUCUCCACUGUAUCAGGGAUAGGGACUGGGCCCGAUCGUGAAUAGCAAAAAUCUGUCAAUAGUUAGCGUUCAUUAGAAUUGCCAUGAAAAAAAAAAUCUGAUUUUCUUUAUUUAUUUAUUUUUUUUUUUCCCCCCUGAAAAAAAAAAUAAAUCAAGAAAAAAGGCUCAUUUCAAAUCAAAAUAUGUUAAUUCAGUCAAAGGUAACUCAAAAUGGAAAAAUGGAACUUGAUUUUAUUUUAUGGGGCAUUUCCAUAUAAUUGGAUCAAUAACGGUAAAGACGUACCGCACAAAAUUUAUUUUUGAAAAUCGAUUAAUGAGUAUUUGAAUUAUUGACAGUUGUUAUCAUUCAAAAGGUCAACAUGGUUUCUGAGAAAAAAGUUAUAAAGUAAUAUUUUUGCUUACACUUCUAAUGCCAACAUGUCGUUCCCAUUUUGGUUUGAUCUCAUUUUGUCUCUAUCCAUCCAUCCAUCCAUCCAUCCAUUUUCUGAGCCGCUUCCCCUCACCAGGGUCGCGGUCACAAACAAACAAACAACCAUCCGCACUCACAUUCACACCUACGGGCAAUUGAGGGUCGUCUUUUAACCUAGCAUGCAUGUUUUUGGGAUGUGGGAGGAAACCGGAGUGCCCGGAGAAAAGCCGCGCAGGCGGGGCAGGGGAUUGAACCCAGGUCCUCAGAACUGUGAGGCAGACGCUCCAACCAGUCGCCCACCGUGCCGCCCAUUUUGUCUCUCACGUGGUUAAAUGCAGCUGUGAGUUCUUUUCUUUUCUGUAUUUUAAUUACUAUUAAUUAAUAUUGUAAGGAAAUAUAAUAUUCCUAUGAUUUUUGUAUAUCUGUCUGACAACUUUUCUUGAUAUUGUAUGUUGCAGUAUGCAUAUUACAUCGAUAUU